UUUCAAAUCUCUGCUGCAUGUGUAGACAGAUAAAUCCGCACAGUUCAGUUCACAUCUGAAGUUCCAUUGAAUUCAACUCCUUUCUUUUUCUUGUCUAAAGACCCAUCUUUCCACCAAGAUUUAGUCUCUACUCAAUUGGGGUUUUACAGCCCUUUUGACUUGUAAAAUCUUGCACCAUUCUACUUAGUAUUUCAAGAAACCCACAAUUCCCAACUGGAAUCCGCUUUUCGGUGGAUCAUUGCAGUCCAAAUACUACUACAUUUUCGCGAAAUCUUGCUCGGUUACUACUAUCAAGUCGCUAUGGAUGAGGAGAAUGAAGUCGAACUUUUACAAAGAUAUCGACGGGACAGGCGCGUUCUGUUAGAUUUUAUACUCUCUGGUAGCUUGAUAAAGAAGGUCGUAAUGCCUCCAGGUGCUGUCUCAUUAGAUGAUGUCGAUCUGGAUCAAGUCAGUGUGGAUUAUGUUCUCAAUUGUGCCAAGAAAGGUGGUAUGCUUGAACUGUCAGAAGCUAUUCGAGAUUACCAUGAUGCCACUUUAUUCCCCAGCGUGAAUAAUGCAGGUUCCACUGAUGAAUUCUUUCUAGUCACGGAUCCCACAGCUUCAGGUUCUCCUCCCCGAAGGGCGCCUCCGUCUGUCCCUGUUGUGGUUCCAACACCAAUUUUGUCCAGCCUUUCUAUUUCGGAGCCUCUUGAGAGUGAACAACUUGAGGAGUCACCAAGCCUGUUGAAGUCCCAAUCUCUCAACUCUUCACAAGUUAAAGAACUGACAGUAGAUGACAUUGAUGAUUUUGAUGAUGAUGUUUUGGAGGAGGUUGAAAGCCGUAGAUAUUCCAGAAGAGUUUUAAAUGAUGCCUCUGAUGUUGUUCUUGGAUUGCCUUCAUUUGCUACUGGCAUUACAGACGACGAUCUCCGAGAAACUGCAUAUGAAAUCCUCCUUGCUGCAGCUGGAGCUUCAGGGGGGCUUAUCGUUCCAUCAAAGGAUAAAAAGAAAGAGAAGAAGUCUAGAUUGAUGAAGAAGCUGGGGCGAAGUAAGAGUGAACACGUAGUGAUGCAAUCUCAGAAUUCUCAUGGUUUAGUUGGCCUGUUGGAGACAAUGCGUAUUCAGAUGGAGAUUUCGGAGGAAAUGGACAUUAGAACAAGACGGGCACUUCUCAGUGCCAUGGUCGGAAAAGUUGGGAAAAGGAUGGAUACUCUGUUGAUCCCAUUGGAAUUAUUAUGUUGCAUAUCACGAACAGAAUUCUCAGACAAGAAGUCCUAUAUAAAAUGGCAGAAGAGACAAUUAAAUAUGUUGGAGGAAGGGCUUGUAAAUCACCCUGUUGUUGGAUUUGGAGAAUCUGGGAGAAAAGCAAGCGAUUUGAGGAUUCUACUGGCAAAGAUUGAAGAGUCUGAGUCUCUUCCAUCAGCUACCGGUGAUCUUCAACGGAUGGAAUGUUUGAGGUCUCUGAGGGAUAUUGCUAUCCCACUUGCAGAGAGGCCCGCAAGAGGUGAUUUAACUGGUGAAAUAUGCCACUGGGCAGAUGGUUAUCACCUGAAUGUCAGAUUGUAUGAGAAACUACUGCUCAGUGUCUUUGAUGUUUUGGAUGAGGGCAAACUUACAGAGGAAAUUGAAGAAAUGUUGGAGCUUUUCAAGUCAACCUGGCGUAUUUUAGGAAUCACAGAAACAAUCCAUUACACUUGCUAUGCAUGGGUGUUAUUCCGGCAGUUUGUCAUGACUGGUGAACAAGAUAUCCUGCAACAUGCUAUUGACCAGUUGAAGAGAAUACCUUUAAAGGAGCAACGGGGCCCACAGGAAAGGUUGCACUUGAAAAGCUUGAGUUGCAGAGUUCAGAGUGAGAAGGGAUUUCAGGAGUUAACUUUCUUGCAGUCAUUCCUUUUGCCUAUUCAAAAAUGGGCUGAUGCACAGCUGACAGAUUACCAUCUUCAUUUUGCUGAGGGAUCAAAACUGAUGGAAAAUGCAGUAGUUGUUGCCAUGGUUGCUCGGAGGCUUCUUCUCGAAGAACCUGAGUUGCCGAUGCAGGCUGCACCUCUCACAGAUGCAGAGCAAAUAGAGAUGUAUGUGUCAUCUUCAAAUAAACAUGCAUUCGCCAGAAUUAUACAGGAAGUUGAAGCAUUAUCUGACACAACAAAUGAACAUCCCUUGGCAUUACUUGCUGAACAGACAAGGAAGCUUUUGAGAAAAGAUACGACCAUGUAUUUACCCAUAUUAACCCUGCGGCAUCCGAAUGCAAGUGCCGUUUCAGCAUCUCUUAUACACAAGCUUUAUGGCAUGAAACUGAAACCAUUUGUUGAUAGUGCUGAACAUCUUACGGAGGAUGUAGUAUCUGUGUUUCCGGCUGCUGAUAGUCUUGAGCAAAAUUUAGUUGCUGUCAUCACAUCUACCUGUCAAGAGGGCACUGCAGAGGCUUACCUUAAGAAACUAAAUUUGUACAAGAUUGAGACUAUAUCUGGAACAUUGGUGCUGCGUUGGGUCAAUGCGCAACUUGCAAGAAUCUCAGCUUGGGUUGAACGUGUUAUUCAACAAGAGAAUUGGGCCCCAGUCUCAGUUCAGCAAAGGCAUGGAAGUUCAAUCGUUGAGGUCUACAGGAUUGUUGAGGAGACGGUUGAUCAAUUCUUUGCUCUUAAAGUUCCAAUGAGACCAGGGGAACUGAGUAGCCUCUUUCGUGGCAUUGAUAAUGCAUUCCAAGUAUAUACAAAGCAUGUUGUUGGCAGCCUAGCUGACAAGGAAGACAUAAUUCCACCUGUGCCCACUCUUACACGAUACAGGAGAGAAAGCGGAAUCAAAGCUUUUGUCAAGAAGGAACUAACAGAUCCAAGGCUGCCUGAAGUUAGAAAGUCAAAUGACGUCAAUGUUUUGACGACACCAAUACUUUGCGUUCAGUUAAAUACCCUUUAUUAUGCGAUUAGCCAGCUGAGUAAGUUGGAAGAUAGCAUUUUGGAGCGAUGGAAUCAGAAGCGUUAUGGUCGUCCUAUGGAGAGGAGCAUGGAAGAUAACUCCAGAAAUUCCAUUCGAAAGGACAGUUUCGAUGGAAGUAGAAAAGAUAUAAAUGCAGCUAUUGAUCAAAUUUGUGAAUUUACUGGAACUAAAACAAUUUUUUGGGAUUUGAGAGAGCCAUUCAUCGAUGGUCUCUAUAAGCCAAGUGUCGCUCAGUCUAGGUUGGAAUCUCUGGUUGAGCCUCUUGAUCUGGUACUUAAUCAGUUGUGUGAUAUCAUAGUUGAGCCACUUCGUGAUCGUGUUGUAACGGGUCUCCUUCAAGCAGCCCUGGAUGGCUUAAUCCGUGUUAUACUAGACGGAGGUCCAUCGCGUAUGUUCACUCCAGCUGAUGCUAAGCUACUAGAAGAAGACUUAGAGGUUUUAAAGGAAUUCUUUAUCUCUGGUGGAGACGGACUCCCUCGCGGAGUUGUGGAAAACCAAGUAGCACGUCUUCGGCAGGUGAUAAAGUUGCAUGGCUAUGAGACACGAGAACUGAUCGAGGACUUGAAAUCUGCAAGUGAGAUGGAAAUGCAAGGUGGGAGGAGUAAAUUGGGUGCCGAUGCAAAGACCCUUAUAAGGAUUCUCUGUCACAGGAGUGAUUCAGAGGCUUCUCAGUUCCUCAAGAAACAGUACAGAAUCCCCAAAUCUGCAACUUAGGCCAGCCGAAGAGGUCAGAAAAUUCUGUUUGUUUUCUCAUGGUUUGUAUCUUCUUUCAGGGCAAUAGAUAGGCUCAUAGUGUUUGUUCAACUCAUUGAUUAUUCUUUGAGAAGUGUAAGAACGUUUACUGCUGUUUUGUACCUACAGAAUCUCUCAGUAUUUGAGUUAGAUGUGGUUUGAAGUUGCAAUACAGUUUUGAUGAUAGGCUA